AGGCAGGGAGAGAGAGAGAGAGAGAGAGAGGGGAAGCGAAGCGAAGCGAGGAGGCGAGGGGUAGGCUUUUGCGCUCCGCGUGCGCCGAGGCGGGGCCGACAGGCACGCGCGGAUCCCGGGAUGCGGAUCGCGAGGCGCGCCUCCACGGCGGCGGCGGCGUUGCUGAUGCUGGUGCUGCUCGUCGCCGGGGCGGCGGUGGCGCAGGACGCGGGGCUGGGGGAUGUGGCGGCGGAGGAGGCGGGGGCGGCGGCGCUCGCGGUCGAGCUGGGCCAGCUCCGGGCGAAGAUCUCCGCCUUAGAGUCCAACAUUGCAGAACAGACCCAGGUGUUGAAGAGCAAGGAUGACGGCAUUCAGAAACUUGAAAAGCUUAUUGGGGAGAAGUCGCAGAAAAUUGCUACUCUGCAGAGUGAGAUAAAUGCACUUGAGACAAAGAGGUCUUUAGCUGCAGAGGAGCAGGCAGGCAAGGCCAAUGCCCGGGCUAUUGAGCUUGAGAAGCAGAUUGAAAAGUUGAAGAAGGAUAUUGAAGCACAAAAUAGUAAAAAAUCAACUGUGGAGGCUAGGGCUGGCGAUGCAGAUAAGAAGGUGCAAGAGCUGAAUGCUAAGCUGGAGAAACUCCAAAAGACAAGUGAUGAGCAGAAGCGUAGGAUUCAGAAGACUGAACAUGCUCUUAAAGUUGCGGAGGAGGAGCUUAUGAGGGUGCAAUUAGAAACAACAGCACACUUGAAACAGCUGAAAGAGGUUCAUGGAGCUUGGUUACCACCUUGGUUAGUGAUACACACAGCUCAUGCUAAGGAAGUGUUGUCAAGUAACUGGAAUGAACAUGGAAAACCUGUUGUUAACAACUUAUUGCAGAAGGCGUCGGAAAAAUCAGUGCAGGCACAGAAAUGGGCCAAGCCACAUGUAGAAGCUGCUAAGGCGAAAUGGAUACCUGUCAUUAAGGAAAAAUGGGCUACCAUGAAGACAAACACAAAGCCUUAUGUGCAAAAGGUCUCAGCAAAAUCUAUAGAGCUUUAUCAAGCAUCUAAGGAUGCUGUCUUACCUCAUGUUGUGAAAGCACAUGAGAUUGCUGAUCCCUACUUCCAGGAAGCCAAGAAAGUAUCCAAACCUUACAUUGAUCAAGUUGCUAAGGUCACUAAGCCACAUGUCGAGAAAAUAAGAAUUACUUUGAAGCCUUAUACAAAAAGAGCAGGCCAUGUAUAUGGAAAUUUACUUGUGAAGGUUACAGCUUAUCAUCAACAGGCUCAAGCAACUGUCUUGGACUACCUUCACCAUAACGAAUUAACAAGAGAAUAUGCGACUGAAGAGUUGGCCUGGUACCUGGCUUCUGCUUUGUUGAUUAUGCCCGUUUAUGUUUUUUACAUGGUCGUGGUUGAAACAUUCUGCUCCAAGAAGCAGAAGAAAGCUACACGGAAAGUUAAUGCGAACCAUAGCCAUCGGAAACAUAAGCGCCGGCAUGCUGACAAAUAGACCAAAGGUGCUGGACUUUGGUCUUGUCUGGUCUGCCACAUUGUAGUUGAGAUCCUGGAUGGCAUACAGAGUAGGAUAUCGUGGGCCAUCACUAAGCAUUGGUUUUGUAUUACUAUUAACGAGUUACAGUAGAUCACACAAGAACUAUGCAUUUUUGCCCCCCAUGUAUCUGUUGUUCUGUAUCUGUUAAAUCUGCACCUUGAUGAGUAGAUGGGUAGGAUUUAGUGGGCAACGAGGUUGCACGUGUGUAUUCAUUUUAUUGGUUGUCUCUUGUUUUGUGUUUUUCUUGAGGUUGUGGGAUUAUUUAAUUCGUCCCUUGCUAUGUCUGAGCUCGCACUUAUUGAAUCUGUGCUAUUGUCACUCCAUGUUCAGCGUCGAGCCUGAGCUUUCUUUCUGAUAUCUGGCAUGUCAUGUGUUCAU